CAUUUCUCUCUCAUCCACUCACCCCCACUCUCUCUCUCUAGAGUUCGAUUUCCGUCUCAUCUCCACCAUCUCCUUCAAAAUCCAAGGGUUUCGACACUUUGCUGAAGCAAAGGUUAAGCAGGCUUUGGUUUUGCUUUUGAAGGAAACUGCAAAAAAGCUUCAAACAAAGCCCUCUCCUCUCUCUGACCUUUUCUCUGUAUGUAACGUGAUACAGUUUUUUCUCAGAUAAUAUCUACAGUUUCUCUCUCUAGAUAUAUAUGUAUCUAUUUUGUAUGCAUAUGGUGCUACAAAAGCCAAAGUAGUCUGUGUAAUCGUCAUCAAUGCAAAGGACGGUACAGUCUUCCCCACAUCCACUACCCACUGUUUUUCUCUUUCCUAAGUUAAAACCCUAAUCUUCAGAUUCAAAAGCAAAGGGGAAAGGGAUUGAGGAAAGGCAUGUAUGGAGGUGGAUGAUCAGAUUCGAUGUAAGUUCCCUAGAAUCAGCGGUAAAUUAGGGCACGCUCAGAAGAUGGAUGAUGAGGAGGAAGAAGGGGAUUGUAACAACAAGAGAGGCGGAGCCGCCGCCGCCGCCGUGGAUCUCGGUGGUGGAGUUGGGAGAUUCUACAACUGGCCUUCGUCGCGGAUUGUUAGGGUUUCGAGAGCUUCGGGGGGGAAGGAUCGGCAUAGCAAGGUGCUGACUUCGAAGGGGCUGAGGGAUCGGAGGGUGAGGCUGUCGGUGAACACCGCUAUUCAAUUCUACGAUUUGCAGGAUCGGUUGGGGUAUGAUCAGCCGAGCAAGGCGGUGGAGUGGCUGCUCAAGGCGGCGGCGAGCUCGAUUGCGGAGCUGCCGCCGAUGAAUACUCCGUUUCCUGACACCCCCAAGCAGCUGAGCGAUGAGAAGAGGUCGAGCACGGGUGGAAGCGAUCAGCUCUGCUUCGACUCGGCUGAGAUCGAUUUGGACGGUGGUGGAGGUGGAGCCACCGGUGGCGAUUUGAAUUACUCGAAUCAGCAGCAGGUGACGAAAUCUUCGGCGUGCAGCAGCACCUCUGAGACGAGCAAGGGCUCGGGGCUGUCUCUCUCCAGAUCUGAGAGCCGAAUCAAGGCGAGGGAGCGGGCAAAGGAGAGAGUGGCGGAGAAGGAGAAGGAGUCGACGACACAUCACGGCGCCGCGUCUCUCAACACUAUCUCUCACACUACUUCCUUCACCGAGCUCUUGAGUGGCGGAAUUGGUAGUGUCAGUAACAAUGCCUCAAGCCCUAAUUCCACCGCCGCCGCUGCACAAAGGCACUGGUCCUCCACUCCCAUGGACUACUUCACCUCCGGUCUCCUAGGGCCGCCGUCCACCGCCCGUCCGGCUCAAAUGCACAUUCCGGCGAACAACCCUUACACCUCCGUCGCUUCGCCGCUGUUCAGCGUCUCCGCCGACCACCACAACAACCACCACCACCACCCGGAGCUCCAGCACUUCUCAUUCGUGCCAGACCACUUUGUCCCUGCCGGAAACGCCGCCGCGGGAGGAAACCACCACCACCACAACAGCGGCGGCGGGCAGCAGCAGAGCAUUGAGUACAAUCUCAACUUCACGAUAUCCUCUUCCGCCAAUUCAUCUGGCCUUGGUGGCUUCAACAGGGGGACCCUUCAGUCCAAUUCAUCCUCGCCGUCACUACUGCCUCACCUCCAGAGGUACUCAUCCGACGGAUCCGCCCCGAGUUUCUUCCUCGGCACGGCCGAGACCCACCACCAGUUCCUCUCCGCCGGCUACGACCCCCGCGGCCUGCAGCUCUGCUACGGCGACGCCCACGGCCGCCACCACGCCGCCCAGAGAGGGAAAGGCAAGAACUGACACCGUCCAACCAGGUAAAUGCGAAGACGCGCGAAAAAGGAACAGGCGCACUGGCUGAGCAGAGCGCCCCGUGUAGAGCGCCUGUGUAAUGAUUAUUAUGCCUAGGAUUUCUAAUUGCUUCUUCCAAAUCCAAUUCUAUUAGCACACUCUGUUUCACUUGCUGCUCUCUAUUACAUAAUGUUUGUUUUGUGCCCAAAGCAGCAGUUUGUUUGUUUGAGAAAAUCUGUUUUAUCCUCGCAAUUUUUAUGUAACUUGCCUGCUAUUGAGAAGACAAUUGCCCAUAUAAUUUGCUUGGAUUAGUAGCA